AUGGGCAAGAUACCAGUGUUCGCGGGGCUUGGCUCUGAUGCACUAUUCAGCGAUGCAACCAGAGAUCAGGCUUUCAGAGACUCUCGACUGCCACAUGGCAAAAUUCUUAUCGAAGCUUGUCACAGAGCGUUCGUCGAAGAAGUAACCAUAGCUGCAAGGGAGGCUCAACAUGACAAUGGCAUCGACCUGGACGACCUACUUUCUCCGAAAGACCUCAUUGAGCCAUGCCAGCGAUACCAUGGCCAUCCAGCUGUCCAGAAUGCGACCCUUUGCGUGGUCCAGUCUCUGCGCCAUCUGGCUCUCCAGAACUCCGCAAGAGAGGACGGAUCAAGGGAUUCCGUAGCAACAGCUGGAUUCUGCAUGGGAUUACUCACUGCAGUGGCAGUCGCUUCCUCGGACAAUGUACUGCAGUUCAUUGCCAAUGCAGAACAUUGUUUUCGAGCAGCAAUUCUGAUCGGCCUCGCCAGCUGGCGUAUGCGAAGGGAGGUCACUAAGCUGCCAUCGGAGCUUCCAUGGAGCUUGGUGGUGGCUAAUAUUGGACAAGAUGAAAUGUCCAAAAUUCUCUCAUCCUAUGAUUCACAGCACGACCGGCCGCCGAUAUUCAUCAGCGCAAUCAACUCAGCCCACUGUGUUACAAUCUCUGGCAAAGGUAUAGACCUACAGCGUUUCGUAAAAUCACAACUACCAAGCAAGUGCAGCGUGAGGCCGACCAACAUCCACUCACUCUACCACAACGAGAGAUAUGGCCAGGCACAAAUCACAGCUCUGCUCGAAGAUUCAAAACGGCGGAAGCUUCGAUUCCCAUCUACACGCGAUCUUAUAAUACCGCUGCUCAACACUAUCGAUGGGUCACUCAUCAAGUCUGACGAUCAAGGCGGUCAGACUGAUCUUUACGAGAUGAUCUUGAAGAUGACCUUGGCCGCCCCGACAAACUGGGUUGCUGUACAAGACGCCAUAUUGACAGUUGCUAGCGAAAUGCCUACUGAUAAUUCCGUGGCAGUUUGGAAUUAUGGACCUGGCUAUGGUGCUCUGACUGGACACGAAUAUGUUGAUUUGAACAUCGAAGUUCGUGACGUGUCGCGGAAUGCUGGAUCAUCGAAUCACAAUUCGGAAGACAUCGCGAUCGUAGGUGUCGGGGUAGACUUGCCAGGAGCACCAGACCUGGAAACUUUCUGGCAAAACUUGAUGAACGGCAUCAAUAGCUGUUCUGAGAUUCCAGAAGACCGUUUCCAUAUCGAAGACUAUUACACGGGAGGCGAUGCGAAGCCGGUCAACAGACAUCGUUCGAUGGGAACGAAAUAUGGAAACUUUCUCGACAAUCCAUUUGACUUCGACAACGAGUUAUUUGGCAUUUCGCCACGAGAGGCCUCAUCGAUAGACCCUCAGCAGCGACUGAUGCUCCAAACGGUGCAUAGAGCACUGGAGAGCGCUGGAUACGUGCCCGACUCAUCGCCGUCAUUCUCUCGAGAGACGUUCGGCUGCUUUGUCGGGAGUGCAACUCUGGAUUACGUGAAUAACCUACGGGACGACAUCGAUGUUUACUACUCUCCUGGCACACUCAGAGCAUUUAUCAGCGGCAGGAUCUCUUAUGCGUACAAAUGGUCUGGGCCUUCACUGACUGUCGACACUGCUUGCAGCAGCUCGCUUACGGCUCUGUACCAAGCAUCGCGAGCUCUAGUGGCUGGCGACUGUCGUGCAGCUAUCGCAGGAGGCGUCAACAUCAUCACGAGUCCGGACAUGUAUCUCGGACUGGACAAGGCGCACUUCCUCAGCCCGACUGGACAAUGCAAGGCUUUCGACGAGAGUGCAGAUGGCUACUGUCGAAGCGAGGGAUGUGCAUCUUUUGUGCUCAAACGAUUGUCCGAUGCCGUUGCCGAGAACGACCGGAUUUUUGGUGUGAUCAAGGGCAUCGCAAUGAACCAAUCCGGCUUGACAUCUUCCAUUACUCAUCCCCAUGCGCCGACUCAAGAGAGGCUUUUCGAAAGCUUGCUGCGCACGACGAACAUCAACCCUCAUGAUGUGACUGUGGUCGAGGCGCAUGGUACUGGCACGCAAGCUGGCGACCCUAACGAGCUUAAGAGUAUACGAGGUGUCUUCGCGAAGAGUCGUCAGUCUCAUAACAAACUUCACGUAACGUCGGUGAAGAGCAACAUCGGCCACCUGGAAGCUGCCUCCGGAGGCGCUGCAUUGGCGAAGUUGCUUCUUAUGGUGAAGCACGAGCGGAUACCACCUCAAGCAUUACUGCAAAAUCUUAACCCGUCAAUCGAUGAACUGGGUAGGGACGAGACCUACAUCACUUCGAAACCACGAGAUUGGCAGUCGAAUGGAAAGCUAAGAACAGCACUUUUGAACAACUUUGGUGCUGCGGGAUCUAAUGGAGCCUUGUUGCUCCAAGAACAUGUCGAAACGAUCACAACAGAGACGACUACUACGCCAUCCCUUACAUACGUAUACGGCUGCUCGGCAAGGAAUGAGGAUUUACUCGAGCAGGCACGAGAAGAGAUGCUUGAAUUUCUGGAAGGGAACGGCCAGGAGCUCAGAAUAUCAGACAUCUGCUACACCAGUACAGCUCGUCGCAAAGUUGACAACUAUCGGUUGACAGUGACCGCCUCAACAACAUCAGAGCUGGCCGCCAACUUGAGGAAAGCUCGUGUAACGGAGGCACCUGGCACAGAUAAUCCAGUCAGCUUCCUAUUCAGCGGACAAGGAUCUCAGUACGCAGGGAUGGGAAGAGGACUUCUUCAACUGUUGCCAACUUUCAGAAAGUGCGUGCUGCACUGCAACCAGCGCUUGGUCGAAUGGGGAUUUCCUGGCUGUCUGGACGUGAUUCAAACCGAGGACACGGCCACGUUCGACAUCAAGAAUCUGGAGAACAUCCAGUCACUUCAGUGUGGCGUCUUCGUGCUCGAGGUAGCACUUGCACGCUCCUUGAUUGGUCUUGGUCUGAAGCCAGCACUCGUUGCUGGACACAGCCUCGGCGAGCUUGCCGCCUUGGUCAUAGCUGAUGUGCUUGAUCUGGACAGCGGUUUAUGGCUGGUCGCCGAAAGAGCGCGCCUGAUCGUUACAAAGUGCGAGCUGUUCGCGAGCUCCAUGGUGGCGAUUAACAUGCCUGCCUUCCAAGUUCGCCAGGAACUACUUACCAUGGAUCAAUUUGCGAGCCUGACAGUAUCCUGCGAAAACUCUCCGAGCGACUGUGUAGUAGGCGGCAGCAUCGUGGAUGUCAAGGAACUAGUACGUUACAUCUCCGAAGAAACCGACAACAAAGCUGUAGUACUCGACGUGCCAGUCGGCUACCACACUGCGGCCCUUGACCCUGUUUUGGAACCACUGGCUGCUGCUGCAUCUACGCUUACCUUCUCGCCUCCAUCAAUACCCGUCGCCAGCAAUGUCCUCGGGAGGCUGAUCGCUGUUGGAGAAGAGGACGUCAUCGAUCAUGACUAUACUGCAGCGCAUUGCAAAGGACCAGUCGCGUUCAACAGCAGUAUUGUCGACGCACAUGAGCAGAUUGACAACCUGGACAGUGGCUGGUGGCUCGAAAUUGGCCCACAUCCUAUGCUUCUGCCAAUGAUUGCCAAACAUGGCGCCUCACAACGAUUCGCCACCUUGAGGAAGGAUAAACCUGCCGACCAGACACUCGCGGAACUUUUCGCUGCACUUUACCGAGAUGGCGUGGUCAACGUCGGUUGGCGUACUUUGUUCGAGUCUCUCCCUGAUCGACCUAGACUGGUCGACAUACCAGUCUCGCCCAUGAGUACAACAAGAUUUCUCGUGCCUUUCAAGCGGGAGAUUGCUCAAGGCCUCGAGAUGGCUGCAGCAACCGAGACUUUGCCAUACACCUUCCUGCAGAGAAAGGUUGAAACAAGCAAAACCGGCGAAGUUGUCUACGAGACGCCCAUUCGGGCUAUGGCUAGCGCGAUUAAGGGCCAUCUCGUUUGCGGCACCGCCCUGUGUCCUGCUUCCGUUUAUACCGAGAUGGCCCUCGCUGCUGUUACAUGCGAGCGAAACGAGCAAGACAGAGAAGUCGCGUACAAACUGUCGAAGGUCAAGUUCCUGAGGCCUCUACUAUUCCUAGAAGGAUCUGAGGACAUUAUUCGUGUUACCCUUCAGCGCCCAGAAAAUGGCAAAGGAAAGACGGACUUUGAAAUCUCGAGUUUUGCAGCGCCAGAGUCUGAUGCCAAAGUCCACUGCGUCGGAACCAUCAAGGAGCAGGCGAAGUCCAAAGCUGGAUCCAAGAUGCAGGCGACCGAACAAGCCUUGUCGAGACGAAGGACCAAUUUUCAAAAUGGUGAACACCAAACAUUCUCAACAUCUAUCAUGUACGACAAGAUCUUCAGUCGGGUCGUUGAAUACAGCUCGGCCUAUCGCGCUGUCAAGAAGAUCUACCUGGAUGACAAAUUGGAAGAAAUCUUUGCGAGCUGCGCGCUGCCACCCACGGAGGAUCACUAUGCAGGCCAACCCAUACUUCUCGACACGAUGCUGCAUGUCGCUGGAUUCGCGGCCAACCUCAAUGUCGACAACGAGACUGUAUGCAUCUGCCACCACGUCCAUUCAACUACCGUCCUUCGUGGUGACGUCGCUCCCGGCCAGGCGUUUGACGUUCACUGCAGCAACUUCAUCAACACAGAAGAUCCUGAUUGCGUGUUGGCAGAUGCACAUGCAGUUGACGAUCACGGCGUGAUCGCGGUCAUCAAAGGUAUGGAAUUCCGACGAUCAAAGCUAGCCAAGUUGCAAGCUGCUUUCGAAUUCGCAUCGCAAGCUCCUUCAAGGAGAAACAGCAAACCAGAGUCGGCGUCGACAAGUCCUGCUAGGCGAGAAUCGAAGGAUUCAGACGAGGUGCCAACAGAACAGGCGUCUGUAACGGAAUCCACAAGAGGCACGAGUAGCCCCGGGACUUCCAGGAGCAUCGCCACAAGCCAGGACACUGUCAUCACUAUUCUAUCCGAGGCUACGGGCGUGGAUCCAAAGAAGAUCGACACGCGAACGACACUUUCCGCGAUGGGCGUGGACUCAAUCAUGAUGUUUGAGCUCGAUAGAAAACUGGAGGAGGCAAUCGGCCAAAAACCGAGCGUCUCUGAGCUGUCUGCAUGUAAGACAGUGGGCGAUAUGGAGAACCUCGUGACGAGAAGUGCUUCACGUGGAGCAACUCCAGUACCCAUGCGCUCACGCAGCAGUCCGACGUCCAGGAGUCCUAAAGGCAUGCCCAAGAUCGAGAGCACGACGAGCUCCUCUGGUAGCCGCUCUCCAGUGGAACCUGAGUCUGCCUUGACUAAGGAUAUGCUUGAGCUAUUGGAACGCCGACUGGGCCAUGUUGAAAGCCCAAAUCAGAUCCAGUGGGACGAGAGCUCGCCCGAAGCUCCCCCGAUAUACCUCAUACACCCUGGCGCGGGCAUAUGUUUGCACUACAACCGACUGGACCCACUGAACCGAGACGUUUACACAAUCCAGGAUGGCCGACUCCUUGCCGAUCUGAAAGACGACUGGAAGUCGAUUGAGGAAGUUGCCCAGAACUAUGCAAAUAUGAUCGCAAAACAUAGUUCAGACUUUGGUUACCAAAGUGUCAUUAUCGCAGGCUGGUCUUUUGGCGGAAUCAUCGCAUUCGAGGCGGCACGAAAACUGCAAAGCAACAAAAGUACCAGCACAUUAGGUGUUGUCCUGAUCGACCCGCCUCAGCCCAAGGAUCACAAGCCAAUUGCACGAGAGACGAUCGAGGUGGCAAUGGACGCUACACUGAAAUUGUCCAAGCCCAGGUCCAAGGCUGCAGCAGACUUCGAAGCUGCUAUCGGAGCUCUUACGAUUAGGAACAAUCUACGCCGUGCGGCUCUACUCGGCAAAUAUCGUCCCUCGCCAAAAGGGCCACUGCCUCGAAUUGUCUUGUUGAGAUCCUCAGAGGGCUUGGACUUGGGCGUCGAAGGUCUUCCAGAAAACGAAUGGCUGCAUGAUCGAAGCGAUCCUUCCAUUUGCACUCGUGCUUGGGAGGAGUUAAUGGGCGAAGAGAUUGAUGUUCUGGACAUUCCAGGAGAUCAUUUCACUCCGUUUGAGAAGGAGAAUAUUGACGGUACGGCGGAUGGUAUACGCAAAGCAUGCCGUAUGCUGGAGGAAGGACAAUAGAGCCACAUUCAACAUUGAUGCGUUCAAGCGAUUAGAUCUACAGCGUUCACGCGCUUUUUUACAGCUUCUACCACAUAGAUUACAACGAAGUUCGACAUCUUACCCAUUCG